ACAUUUCUACUGCUCCGCAGACAUGGCUCACCACGCAAGGCCUUCCAGAUUAGUCAAAAAGGAAGAGUUAGGCAAAAGGAAAACUAACCAGGGCAAAAAGAAAUCUAGCCAAGUGAGAAAGAAAACGGCAAAGGCUUCUGCAAAAGCCAUUAGUUCUGGAAAAGGCAAAAAGCCAGCACAAGAGAAAGAUGUUAAGAAAAAACAGCAAGAAAAGAAACCAAUCAUGAGCUCUUCAGGUAGAUUUCUCAGGAGCAGCGUAACCAGAACUUUGUCUGGAGCAUCUUGGGUGAGUUUGGAGAAAGCUGACAAUAUUCUCUUUCAUAGCCAGGAUUCUUUCAACAUCAAUGGCUUUACAAUGUCACUCCGUAACCGAUCAUUCUCCCGUAGAUUGACCCAAACUCCAGCAAUUACAAAACCCAAGAAAGCUGUGGCACAAAAAAGGCUAGAAGCAAAGGAGAAACAGGAACAAGAAGCCCUGGCAGCAGUAGAAGAAAAAACAAUUGAAGCAGGCGAAAGGGGGUUGAAACAAGAUUUAGCACAAAAUGAGUUAGCUCCUCUGCCUGUAGAAGGUGCUUCCUGUAGUGCAGGUGAAGAACCUGCUACUACAUGCGCCAGUCAAGACAGAGGGGUAGAAGUACCUGAAACAAAUGACUCCAUUCCAAGCAGUCAGGUAACUGAUGACAAUACAGAAGCUUCAGAGGUGAAGUGCAAGCGUGAGGACCCGCCCUGUGAGCAGACACCCAGCCAUCUCGAUACCAGCAGUUUGUCUGAAGCGCUGGUUGAGAACGCUGCGCUUGUACUUCCAUCUUCCCCUUCUGACUCCAUAAUCACCUCUGAAUCACACUUGAAGGUGUGUGCAGAGACUACCUUCGAUCUGGUGCCUAACAGUGAAGAACCUGACUCUAGUUCUGUCGAUACCUCAGACCUCAGCUCAGCAGUAUUGUUAGAUGAGUCGGUCCCACUUGCCAAAUCCCACACUGAAGCAGAGUCGGACCUGGUGCUACCUAGCAAAGAACAAGAUUCAAGUUCUGCACCUAUAGUUACCUCUGAGUUUAACUCACAAGAACACUUAUUAGAAGAUGUAAGCUCACUUGCAGAGUCCUGCUUGAAGGCAGGCUGGGAUUUAGAGCCUGAGAGUAAAGACAUUGGUUCAAAUUCCAGCUCUGUGACUGCCACUGAAUCAAAUUCACUUUCACUUUUUGAAGGUGCAAGCUCAUUUGCAGAAUCUCCCACGAAACUGGUUGUGGAUUUUGUACCUGUUCACCAGGAACUUGGCUCAAAUUUGGAUUUGAACUGUACAAGAGAGAAUUCAGAAUCUGACUCAAAAAACAUAUUUACAGGAUGUGAACCAGUUUCUGAUACCUCUUUAAACAAUAUUGAAGUGGAGGACCUUGAGCAGCUUGUUAAAUGUAUCAAUGCAGAGACAUUAAUUUUGAAUUCAAGUUACAUCCCCAUUUUAUCUCCAGAUUUCGAAAAAAGCACAGUUGAUAAAAUCUCUGGUGAGAGUUCUGGACAAUUCUAUGAACGUUUUGUUUCAGAGUUGCCUUCAAGCAUGGAAAUCACUGCUCUUGCCUCAGAAAAAGCCAUAAAUGCAGAUUUGCCAGCUGACUCAAGACUGCAGCAUAAUGAUUAUUCAUCACAGCUGGGAAGUGUCGGAGUAAGCUUGAAUUUGGUUCAGGGCAACGUGAGCAACAGCACUGAAGCAGUUGAGGCCUCAGGGCCAUCCUCUCUUAAAAAUCCAUCUGGUAAUUGUCCUGUUCCAUAUUCAUCUCUAGUCCCUGUUCUAGAGAAAAAGAAGCGAAGGCGUUGUGGCGUCUGUGAGCCCUGUCUGCGGAAAACAAAUUGUGAAGAAUGCAGCUGUUGCAGGAAACGAAAAACUAGUCACCGGAUUUGUAAAAAGAGAAAAUGUGAAGAACUGAAAAAGCCGCCACCACCAGUUGCGCCUCCUUCUGAGGUUCUAACUGAAAACAAAAGGCCUCAGAGGAGGAAGCAAAGAGUUUUAAAGGCAAAUUUAGAAAACAAACCAGUAAAUGGCCUCAGACCAGAACUCAUGGAAUGCAGUAUAUGUGGUCAUGGUGAAAAAUACAGGGUGAAAACAAGCCAAACAGUACCCAUUGAAAAUGUGCAUUCUAAGGAGAAAGAAAGAAUGACAGGCUUAGAAGCAGAGAAGUGGGCUCAUAACGAGAAACCCUCUUUUGGUGUCCAUGUCAAUGGAGAUAUCCAUGGAACUGUGACAGGCAACGAACACUUGAAGAACGCUGAGGACAGUGAAAGAGCAGUCUCUCCCAGUCAGUUAGCUGAGCCCAAAAAAUCAUUUGCACAGACCAUAAAAAAUGGCAUAAAACCCCUACAUUACUCACCACCCGAAGCAGUUGCUUCACUGAGAAAAGUAUCCGUAGAUGAAAGGACAGAUUUCACAAGUACCUCCCAUAUGCCAUGGGUGAAGGGUGCCAAUCUGGAUAACAUAGUAAACACUCUGACGACUGGCAUUGGCUGCGUUCACCCAGAAACACAUGGAAAUGUUUUAGUGAAAGAGGAAAACUGUACUUGCAGCAUCUUUGAGGAUUCUGAUAAGUCAGUUUUGCAGCCAGGUUCUGUUUUGGAUCUGCAAGAAAGCUUAUGUUGUCCUCCGCUGCCUGAAGAGGAAGCACAUGUAGGGAAGGAUGGCUUUAAAGUACCUAACACAGAGAUACAACUUGAGGACUCUUCACUCCAGCCGACUUUCUUGUCCUUGAUUAAAACCAGAAAUUUGACUGUGGAGCAGGUUGUAGCUAUUGAAGCUUUAACGCAGUUGUCCGAAGCCCCUCUAGAAACAACUUCACCAGCUAAAUCUGAAUGUACUGGAUGUACAGAAGAAACAACUUCCAACUCUCUCCAUAGUUACAAAUGGGAUAUUUCAUCCUCCAUCACAUCUUCUGCAUUAAAAGAAAUCAAAGACACUUACUUACAGAAUGAGCAACAGCUCUUGGCUCACUGCGCUCACUCACAGAAGCAACUCCCUAAUAAGGUAGUGUUAUACAAUGGCCAAAGUUCAGUUUCUGGAUUGUGUGAUAAACCUGCCAAUCUGGCUGGUGAGAUGCAUAAACUACAAUUAUCCUCAAGAGAUACCAAAACUUCAUCUGACUUAACAUCUAAUGCAAAGUCAUUUUCAGGAUACGCUACCAAGAAAAAUUACACUUAUGAUCCAGUCACCUGUACACAGUAUUGCAGUGCUUCACAUAAUGUCCAGCAAACAAGUAACAACUUGGAAACUUUUGUCCAGUUAGAGCAAAAGCCAGCCUGCAAUGAUUUGAACUUGGAGGCUAGUUCUUUGAUUAAAGAAGGAGGAAUUCACAGUCAGGAUGAAGAGGAUGUAGCUACGCAACUAACUCAACUUGCAGCACUAAUUGAAUCAAACCAGACAAAUCCAGAGCAGAAGACAGACAUAAAGGCAUCACUACUUAAUCUAAUAUCACAUGAGAAACAGCCAAAAUAUAAUGAAGAUGUGUUACAGAAAAAAGAAACUGUAUUUUUUAGACAUAAUUAUAGUUCCUUACUGUUAAAGCAAAAACAACCAACAAACAAGAAAGGAAAUGCUGUACCAUGGAAACCAAGACACAAAAAGAAGCCUCAAGAAGCACGCUAUCAACAAAAUAAUCAAAACCAGCUAGAGCUGUUGUCAUGCCAGCAUGGUGAGUUACAGGACAUUUGGAUAUCAUCAAAACUCCACAAGCUUGGUCAAACCAUGCCACAGGACUCCAGAAUAGCUCCGUCUGAAAAAAAAUCUCCAAGAACCAAAGUACAGAGAGCACUGAAUCAAAAUAUUUUAGCAUCACAGGAAAAAAAUAGAUUAUUUCUCCCACAAACGCAGAUCAAAUUCCAUCGGUGUUUACCCGAGGUACCACGAGAGAAAAAAAAAGACAGGUUGUUUGGCUGUGAAGCAGUGAAUGUGCAGGUCAAAACUGCAGGCUCUGGUGACCCUCUAGGCAUCAAUCCCCUGAAAAGUGAAGUUGUUGCACAUAACCAAUAUGGCAACCUAUCUCGUAAUCCUCUGGCUGUUUCACAGGUGAAAACAGCAUCCUUAUUGAACAGACCAAGUGAUAACCUACAGAUGUUUACAGAAAAACGUAAUUCUCAGGUACAGCAAACAGCGAAUGUCAGCCAGAUGCAACCUUCGUCUCAAACAUUUAAUCAGUCUAACCUGAGAGCUAACGAAACACGUAGGGAAGACAAAACCUACAUUCAACAGGGUGCUGUCGAACAAGUAGAUGCAAAGUCCCAGGUGCUGCCUGUUCCCUCUGGUGGGGCCCAGGUACCAGGUGCUGUUGAAGCUCUCAGGAAUAUGGAGUGUGCCAGCGAAGUGACCAUUCCGACGUCAACCAGUUUGGGUACUGACCACCCACAGAGCACAGGUGACUCAGGGUGUUCUCCAGCAAAAAACACACUCAGCAGUUUCCUCGAAUCACCUAUGAAGUUUCUUGAUACCCCUACAAAAAACUUAAUAGAUACACCUACAAAAAAAGGACAAUCUGAAUUGCCAACUUGUGACUGUGUUGAGCAAAUUAUAGAGAAAGAUGAAGGCCCCUACUACACACACCUCGGGACAGGACCAAGUGUUGCUGCUGUGAGAGAAAUAAUGGAGAACAGGUAUGGAGCAAAAGGAAGCGCUGUAAGAAUAGAGGUAGUGGUUUAUACAGGAAAGGAAGGAAAAAGCUCUCAGGGGUGUCCAAUUGCCAAGUGGGUGAUACGAAGAAGCAGCGAUGAGGAGAAGUUGCUGUGCUUGGUCCGUCAGCGUGCAGGACACCACUGCCAGACUGCUGUCAUCGUCAUUCUCAUCCUGGCCUGGGAGGGGAUCCCCCACCUCCUGGCUGAUACGCUGUACAAGGAGCUGACGCAGAGCCUGAGGAAGUACGGCUGUCCCACCAGCCGGAGGUGUGCGUUAAACGAGGAUCGAACUUGUGCAUGUCAAGGACUUGAUCCAGAAACUUGUGGAGCAUCAUUCUCGUUUGGCUGCUCAUGGAGUAUGUAUUUCAAUGGCUGUAAAUUUGCCAGAAGCAAAAACCCCAGGAAAUUUAGGCUUCUCACUGAUGACCCUAAACAAGAGGAACUGCUUGAAAAUAAUUUGCAAACUUUAGCUACUGAUGUGGCUCCGGUUUAUAAAAAACUUGCUCCUGAGGCUUUCCAGAACCAGGUGGAAAAUGAGCACAUGGGCCCGGACUGCCGGCUGGGAUCCAAGGACGGUCGGCCUUUCUCUGGGGUAACAGCUUGCAUAGAUUUCUGUGCCCAUGCCCACAAGGACACCCACAACAUGCACAAUGGAAGCACCGUGGUGUGCACGUUAACGAAGGAAGACAACCGGCGAGUGGGGGUGAUUCCGAGCGACGAGCAGCUCCACGUGUUACCUCUUUACAAAAUUUCCCAAACAGAUGAAUUUGGCACUGAAGAGGGACUGGAAGCGAAGAUAAAAGCUGGAGCCAUACAGGUGCUCACAGCUUUUCCCAGAGAAGUACGGAUGUUAGCUGAGCCUCUCAGAGCUACAAAGAAAAAGAAACCAGACACAAGGAGGACCCACAGUGAAAAGCAGACGUUAAUAGAUAAAAAAUAUUCAACACCAGUAAAGCUAAAAACUGAAGCCCCAGAAAAUCUUGGCAACGCCUUGCAUUGUUUGGGGAACAAAACAGACCCUUUAAAGCCUGGAAUAAAAAUGGAGACUUCUGAUCACCUCUAUGCCAUGAAACAUACUUCAAACACUACUAAAAAUUGCUCCUUACUGAAACAGUAUACGGCUUCCUCUCCUUUCAAGGUGGAUAGUUUACAUCCAUAUUCCUCUUUAGCACAUAAGCCUGGCAUAACAGCAGUGACUAAUAUUCAACAAGAUUUUUCAGUUCCCUACGGGUAUUUUGAAUGCAGCAGUAAGCAACCUCACGUGACACCUUAUGUUAAUUGUAAGAACUUUGAUGUGUCGGUCAAAGAUUAUACUGGAAUUUUGCUGAAUGAUAAGGUGAAUGGUGUGCCACCGGUUCUUCCAGAGGUCACUGCUCCAGGCCCCCCAGCCCAUAAAGACCCCCCGCCCGCUAUACUUGAACAUCAGCCAGACAGACAGAAUUGUCAGCUUCAGUUAGACAAUUCUUCUCCUUCGCAGUUGAUCGGCUCUUGCGAUCCGUCAGCACCGCUAAGCUCUUCGGCAAAGGAUGCAGCCGGGAACGAAGCUGACUGUUCCCACGGCUGCCCGGUGCAAAAGGGCAGCUCCCAUCGGGAACAGCCGUGCCAUUUGGACUGUGCCGAUGAAAGGCAAAACAGUGCACUGGGACAACCGGCUGAUUCCGAAGAAAAAGCUGAGGAACUGUGGUCAGACAGCGAGCACAAUUUUUUGGAUGAUGACAUUGGCGGGGUCGCUGUGGCACCUUCACACGGUUCUAUCUUAAUUGAAUGUGCAAGACGUGAACUCCACGCCACCACACCUAUUAAAAAACCCAACCGCAAUCAUCCCACCAGAAUUUCUUUGGUUUUCUACCAACACAAAAAUUUAAAUGAGCCAAAACAUGGUUUAGCCAUGUGGGAAGCCAAGAUGGCUGAGAGGGCGAAAGAAAAAGAGAAGGAAGCGGAACGCUUAGGAGCGGAGAAUACCGAACUGAGCUCCAGCAGCAGGAAAGCAAAGCAAACGAGCGAAAACAGAGAUAUUUUUUAUGAAGACAAUGAGUUCAACCAAAUUCCAUCACGCAGAGCAUUAACAGUAACUAAGGAUAACGUAAUAACUGUAUCUUCGUACGCCCUCACGCGAGUCGCCGGGCCUUACAACCAUUGGGCAUAGGUUGUGGGAUCGAAGCCUCCUCUUGGUGCAGUGUUACACAGUGUUUCUUUACGGUGCUGUUAAAGAACAAGUCUCGUGUCGUUUACUAUUUGCUCAUCUCAACCAUUUUAAGGCUGAGGUAAAAAAAAACAAAGGGGGGGGAUUUCUUCUUAAACUGUGACUUUAACAUUUGGUGGUGCUCAAGCACAUUUUAAGCAAAAAAAGAGAAAAAGUUGUAUAGUUUUAAUACAUUCUAAAAAAGAUUUUGUUUAGGUUAUUAACCUUGAUCGAAUCAUUCAGUUUAUUACCUUUAGGAAUUUAUAUUUUGGUGCUUUAAAUCAAGUCUGUUUACUACAAAAGUCAUUUAUAGGGAUUUUAACAGGUUCACAUUUUAUGGUGUUAAAUCAAGUUAUACAGUAAUAGCUCUACACAGCUCUUGGUGCUUAACCACAUCGAACAGUUAAAAAUAAAUAAGCUGAAUUAUUACUUCAUGGUGCCAUUGCUUUAACAACUUCCAACCAUUGCUAUGUUGUCCAAAUUACGGAGGGAUCUUUUGGAAAACCAAUGAAUUUUUUUCUCUAGCAUCGUCAUUAUGUACGAAAUGAAGUUAUCGGGAAUGAUGGCUGGAAGUUGUUUUUAAGCUGUAAAUAUAUAUUUUAAAAGCACUUUCUAUUUUUAAAAUUAACUUGAAUAGUAUAGUAUAAGGAUCAUAUUGUCUAAGGUUUGUGCAUACUCUACAGAAGAAAUCAUUUUAUUCUUGCUGUGUAGAGUUCCGUAUUGUUACAGCUGCAGUAUGUAUGCUAACAGCAUAUGUGAUUGUUUUUAGACUUGCCCUUUUUCAUUGAAGAUUUUAUGUUGCAUAUAAACCACAGUUAGAAAAUGUUAUUCUUUUCAAGAGAGUGUACAAACAUGAAAUGAGGAGACGUCUUGUGGAUACGUGUGUGUUGCUAUUGGGAGGUAUGAACAUUAUUUGGGUUUUUAACGGCAGCGUUGGUUACGAUUUCUUUGAGCAAUAAGUGCAUAAGUCUCAUUCAUUUGGAACAUUAUAAGUUAACACGACAACCAAAUGUUCCUAAUGCCUCAGGGGUAGGAUUGUUUUGGGAUUAAAAAAUACCCCCUAGAGUUGCCUUAUUCUGUUCUGAAAAAAAAAAUAAUUGGUGAAACACAAAAGAAGUGUUGGAAACGUGUGAAAUUCUGACACUGGGCAGCAAAGUUUUCAUUCAGAAUGACCUAUCUGUAACAUUCACCAGCUUGCUAAGUUCAGUUUUCUUACAAAAUAUGUUUUGUACAUUUUUGAAGUGAUGGGUGUGUUUGAUGAGAAAGGGUUGUGUUCUUCCUUCCAAACAUAGGAAAGUUUUGUUCUCCGUUUCUGUUGAAAAAGUGACAUAUGAUGAAAUGAGUAUUUGCUAAACCAGAGGAAAACCAGACACUCCACUGCUUUUAAAUACUGUAGCAUCCCACUCUUCUUUCUGAUUCUCCUCUCCUGUGUAUUUCUUUUUUAAACUUAUUUAUUUAAACAAAUUACCAAAUGACAAUGUUAGCUAAGGACCAGCCUCACCCUGCGACUCGCUCCACGAGAGGCUCUGCAGAGCCCCUUGGGCCCCGCGGGACUCGGCUCCUGCCGAGCGCUGCAGGGUCGGGCCCCAGAGAAAAGGCUGUAUCUUACCUCUGCCUCUGAGCCCUCUCCGGCCACCUAACCCAGAGGUGUAACGGGGGCAGAGUUCUCCAGUGUGAAAAUAGACUAAUAAUAUACUUGAUAAUGUUGUAAUGUAGUGGUGCUGUAACAGAGGAGUAUGAGCUAUCUAGAUCUGCUUUAUUUAAAACCUAGACAAGGUGCUUGUUCCUUGAGAAGCUGAACUGUAAGCACUGUAUUUACAGUUUUGGUACGAAAAGUACACACGUAUUUUUAACACAUGGUGCCAGUUAGGGCCUUGGUGCUACAAACACUUAAAUGCAGCUGUAGUUGAAUGUUACCGGUCUCCUGUGCAACUGCACAGACGUGUGGUGUUGGCAGGAGCCAGGUCUGAAGUAGCAAUCGCCUUGUAACGCCCUUGAGUCAAUUCUACAGAUUCCUGUCGAAAUGAACAAAAAAGCUGAUGGCAGAGGAUGGCCCAAUCAAACCCAUUCUUUGUAUCUUACCUAUUUUAAGUACAAUUUGUAAAAACCAGGUAUGCUGCAAAUUUUAGUUCAAAGCUUAAUACUAGUUCAAAUAGAGGAUAUGAAGGGAUUGUAAAUAAUAAUGCAACAAAAACAAUAUUAUGCCAUCGUUUGUACCAGCAGUUUUAUGCUUCUUGACUGUGUAAUAUACAGUAUACAUCAGAGCAUUAUGGUAUUUUGUGUGCCUUAGAUUUCCAUUUUAAAACUUGUCUAUUUUUGGUGAGCCGAAGAUGAGUAACAAUUCCAGUUCCCCUACAGUGAGUAGUACUGUACGUUCUGCAGCGGUUCCCUUCACGUGUUUGCUAUCUGAAAGCCCCUGUCCCACACCACAACUGAUCGCUGACAGGAAAGAUUGGUUUGUUGUUUCACUGAUGGUGCUGAUAGCUUUAGUUUCUAUAACGCAGACUGAAGAAGUCAUUGAUCGUUCAGCGCUCCAAUGUGAAUAUGAUUUUUUUCUACACAAAGUUAGUAAGUUACGGAGGUAUCUCUUUACCUUUUAAAAUGUUCAGACCGCUAAGGUGCAUCAUUUUUACUUGAAUCUUCCCCUAUAAAUGCCCAUGUUUAACUUAUGUAUGAUUGGAGACCUCAAUGUUCCAUUGAAAUGCCAGCAGCUUCCCUCCAAGAAGUGAGAAUCCCAAAGGUAGAUCUGGAAGGAUAUCUCCAAGUGUAGCCCCUGGCACGUCACUGCUCAGGUGACUGCACCAAUAGGCUUCUGUCAACUCCAGGGCUACCGUAUUUGGAAUGGCAGUUUUAACAGAGAAAAGUGUAUCUAAACAUAGUAGUUUGUGCUAUUAACUGACAGGUGCUAAAACUCACAGUUACUACUUUAUAAAGGUUACUUACCUGAGAAAAAUGUAUCAUCUCUACAGUAAAGACUGAUUUGUGGUGCUCUUUCCCAGGCUGCCUGUCCCAGAGCUCCUUUCUGCAGAUGUGCCCUGCAGGCAGGUGACCUGGCCACACUGUGGCACACGGCAGCCUGCACAGAGCUGAGAAACUCUGCUUCCCUAGUGCUGUACUGCAGUAUAGGAAAUGCAACUAUUUGCUGUUUUUACAACUAUAAAACCGUGCUAUUUAUUGUAACAUUUCGGAAUAUUUAUCAGUCUUGUGUGCAAAUGAUGUUGUUUUGAGUAAGGGUAUCAUUUUAUACCAGUAUUUUGUCUCUUAAAAUUUGCAAAUGUGUGGGUCUGGUGCUUUCCUUUGCAGCUCACACAACCACUUGGAAUUUGUUCUUAACCCUUAACAAAAGUCCUCCCUGGAUGGCCAGAUCAGGAGCUGCAUCUAAAAUUAAGGUAGCUGGCUAGGUCAGGCCUGUUUUCCUUUCCAAGGGCUGGCACUUUGCUGAGCGUAAAACCAGAAGAUGGGUUCAGGUGUGUGCUGCUGGUAGGGUAUGGUUUCCUUUUGAUCCCUUUUCACAGUACACUGUUGUGAUCCAACAUGGGGCAUUUCAGACUUCCCAGAAGGAACGUCUCUUGUCCUUUUCUUCACGGGGUCCAGUACCACCACUCCACCUUCAGCCGCGAGGGAAGGAGUAGCACUUGCUGCAGGAGCCUGUUGGACUGGCUGAGUCCCUGCAGGAGUCACUGCAGUUGUGCCCAGUGGAAUAGGGAAUUAGACUUGGGCAGUUUCUCUGUGCUUCCUGUAACGUGCCGUUGCGUUACAGAAAAUAGAGAAAAUAUUUCUGUAAAUAUUUUAGUCACAAGAUCCAAAAAACUUCUUAAGAACUUUCAAUUGCUCGUGGCUUUCUCCCUGCAACAGCUGCAUUCCAUUUGGGUUUUUUAAGGACUUUCUAAGCUAACUUUUCCCGAGGAAUAGCUGCUGUUAAAAGCCCUUGUCUCACCUCUGACAGUGCUUCUCUGUACUUAGAACAAGAAAUAAUUGUAGUAUCUUAAGCAACAUUUUGUGUUAAACAUGAGUAAAUGACAACCUUACUGACAUUGUGACAUACAACUGUUAGGGGGUUUUAAAAGCCUUUUUAAUAUCAUUGCAGUGCUAUGCUGAAUUUGAUGAGUUGAAUUUGGAUCCUGUUCACGCUGCUGCAGCCCCACCAACUGCAAUGUGCCCACUCAUCAGGCUUUCAUAUAAUUUUCAUAUUAACUGGAUGGGUAUGAGUAGUCUGUGCCAACUCAGACCCUUACAGUCCUACAAUGAGUAGGUUUUGCAAGGACAGACAGAGAGAUUUUGGAGUAAGUGUACUUCUAGUUAAACACAGAGGUGACAUUGUUUGUAGCUUGAGAAGUGACUCAAGGUCUGUUGUAGAGAGACAUAAAUACCUUCCACUGAAGUUUCAGGCAUGCAGACAAGUGUAUUUCAGACCACCUUCAGGCUUACGCUCUUGACAGCAUGUUGCACUUAUCUCAUCUGAUGUGUUGUUCAGUGAGGGAUUAGCACAGAGGCUUGCUAAUAAAACUGCAUCUUCACGGGUUUACAUUUAAAAUGUAAGGUCAGUCUUGCUCCUUCACUUCCCAUUAAAUUUCGCUUCUGAAGUUAGUUCCUUUUAUCAACCAGACAUCAGCUUUGUGUUCCAUUUAUAUAUAUACACAUCUAUAUGUGUGGGAUUUUCUCUAUUGUUUUCCCACAGAAAUCCUGAAAUAUCUGGGUUAACAGGAGGAAAUAACCAUGCCCUGAGAUGUAUGGAAAAAUGAAUUGCACGUCCACUUCCACAGUUUGUGUACAUUAGCAGCAACUGGAUUCAGGCAGAGUCUCUUUCAGGUGUUUUGUGGUCACUAAAAUCCAGAUUAGGUUCUUUGUGAUGUAUCUUCUGCAACAUUGUGAUUUAUUUCUAGUGAAAGUGUCUGCCCACUGUGACCUGUCAUGCUGUCUGUGAUCUGAUCUUAAAUAACAUGAUUGGAGACGAGGAGCAGUCCAAGCACAUUUGCAAGUUCUGGCUUUCUCUUCAGUGUUAUCAGAUGUUGCUCUGACUUUCAGGAAGAAGUGCAGAGGGAAUACAUUUCUGUAAAACUGAACUGUAGAGACAGUUGCCAUUGAUUACUGUGACACCACAGUGCAGCGCUGCGAUGUCUGUCUUACGGCACUGUGUCUGACCAGUAAGAAGUGUCUCACAGCUCUGGAUAUCUGUAUAAAUUCAUCUCUUUCCACGAUUCCUCGGGAGACAGUAAUCUCUCCUUUGUCCUCUGAGUGUGUACACUGGUUUAGGAGGAAAAAACCUCAAAAUAUAGAGGAGAGAGUGAGUUGGUUGCCCUCUCUUUAAUCUGUGCAGAUGAACAGGGCAGUGAGUGCUGCUGCUGUCAUCACCAGCCGGCUGCUCCUGUCCAUGGUCAGGUUGGAGGAUGUGGAAAGCUGACGGGAGGCACAGCAUGAGUGAGUCGCAGGCAGCACUGUGAAGGUGCGACUGGCUUUAGAGACAAGAGUCUUCCCUGUACACACAUUGUAGGUGCCAGGGUGCUACUUCACAUUGUCACUUUUUUGGGUACAUUAAAUUCCUGAGGGUUUUUUUUAUGUAGUCUAUGACACAUUUAUGUUCUCCUUUAAUCUUAAACAAAGUGGCCAGUGUCAAAAGUCCUGAGUAAGUGGUUAUUUAGUGGAACAGUACAGAAACUGGCUUCGGUGUUUCCAGAAUUACCUGAUAUUUAGUCAGUUUUCACAAGUUUUCUGCGUGGUGUCCAGUAUGUUGCUGCAAAUUACAGUUACAUAAAGGAAUGAGGUUUUUUUCUACUUGAAAUGUUCUCAAAGACCAAGGAUUUCUCAUAGUACCUAAUUAGGCACUAGUAUACAUAAGGAUUGCUUCUCCUGAAGAGUGGCUGAAAAUAGAUUUUGUGUUUAUUACCUCCUUGUGAAAACAUUUUUGGUUAUUUUAGAGGAGUGAGCAAAACUUUAAUACUAUCAUUUACAUACAUGACUAAAUUAUGAAGACUUGAUUCUACAUAAUGCGGUAUUGUCUCCCUGAAGAACACCUAAUUUGACUAGUGUUAAUUAGUAGGUAUUGCUUUCUACACUGUACUAGUGACAGCCACUUUUCUCUCCCUGGUCUCUGUGGAGCAUCUGCUGUGGUUAGCCCUUUUCACAUGCAGCACUAAUCACGUUCUGACCUGCUGCUGAAUGCUUUUAAUGCUUAUACCUACUCCAGAAGUUCUUCCCAUCCCUCUGCAGAUCUGCUGCAGUCCUCGGCACUGGCAGUACAGCUGUCAGCCUGCUCCUGAAAUCCCCACACAUGCCAACGCUGCUUUGUAUGUACAUCAGCCAGUCCUUGUCCCAGGAAUAUCAGUAGAAUUUAUUCUCCUUGUGACUCUUUCAAAAUCAUUUUCUUUCAGUCAUCUCUUAUUUGAUAUAUGACAGUUCUAGGGGAAUUUUACUUCAUGUUUUCUCAUAAGGAGCCUAGAAGAUUCCAACUGGAUGUUUUUUUCAUUUGAACAAAGAGGGACAAGUCAUUGGCUGUCACAAUCAGUGUUUUCUUAUAUUUUAAAUCAAAUACUGAAUUUUCCAGCUAAUUUUCAGAUUUCUUGAUGUAAUUGUUAUUCUCUGUUCUGUCUUCAAGUAACCAAACAAAAGAGACCCUGCAAGACUAGAAAACUGUUCUCCCCUCAGAAGGGAAAGUCAUCUCUUCUCAGAACACAAAGUUUUUGCUUCUGUUACUAGGAUCUCUCUUUCCAUUCACUCUAUGAGCUCUGCUCAAAUCUUAGCAUCAGACCACUGUGGCAGACCCAGCACAACUACAAGAGCCGGGAGUGUUUCUUUACAUCUGGUUAGAUCAGCCAUAAUCCUCAUGAGAGACCCAAUUAUUGUGUAAGUUAAAUGCCUUAACUAACAUAGUACUGCUUGGAAGAAAGAUGUUCGUCCUCUGUAGAAGCAAGUGGAAUUGAUUGACCUUGAGCAGAAAAUAAUUGAGUAGUUACUGCCUUUUAUUAAAGGGUACAGGGUUGUCAGCAUCACCAUUUUCCUCUUGCUGAGACAAAACGACUUUAGGAUUCUUCCUUCAGUCCAGUUCCCCAGGACAUCAUCCCACCAUAUUGUUUAACCACAUACUUGUAACUGCAGCUUUAAAAGAGCAAGAUGCUUCUCAAUGCUGAUUCAUUAAUUCCUCCCACAACAGUAUCUUCUUACCUUUUUUUCUACUGGACCAUUAUAUAUGUAUUUUUUUGUCCACAUACUUACAUGAAAAUGCCAGAUUCUUUCAUCAGCAUCCUUGCAGUGAAUGCAAGACUGGGGUGCUAAAUAACUGAACGAGAAGGUGAGGUGCUCUGUUUCAUGUGACUGAGGAACAGACAGUUAUCAGCACUACUUUGCACACCAUACCAGCUUUCCUUAUAAAUUCAGAGGAUGCAGGUGUAGACCUCAAAAAAACUACCUAUGUAAGAAGGAGGAUGAGGACCGAUGUGGAACUGAUCUACAGAGUUACCAGCUACAGCAGAUGAACUGUAUUCCAAAGAAGUGCUGUUGCAGUGGAGCAAGAGAACUGUUAGUUUGAUGUUCAGUACAGCAGUUGUUGCCACAGAACAUUUUAAUACUGUUGUGGAAGGUUUUGUGACCUGAUCGAUAUUUUACAUGUGUAUCUGUAUUUUUAUUAGAAUAUUGUAAUGGAAAAGAGUCUAGGAUUUGGGAGUUGUCUUAUUUUAAGAAUGAAGGCCCUGACUCUCAUUUAUACAGCUGUCCUUUGCAUUUCAUUUAAAGGAUAAAAGGGCCUUAAAUGGCUGUUGAUUUAGCUUACAUCCUUCAGGGUAUCCCGUUACAAUGAUCAUGCUUUAAAAGGUUAGUAGUACAAAUCAAAACUGGUAGCAAGGGACUGAUUUGUACCAUCAUCUGAAAUCAGUUUCCUGAUAUCCCUGUUGUACACAUGCUGUGUGGUAACAUCCAGAUUGUUCUUAGUUUAGAAAUGCAGGUUGAAAAGAAGCUCGCUUGUUUUUUAUCGGGUUCUAAAUACUUCUAUUGGCUGUCCUUUUCCCAACAUUGUCUACAAAGAAAAUGUGGUAAAAGAUUUGUACCUCUAGGUCAUGUCCUGGCCAGAAAUCUCAGAAUAGUCAAAAACACUACUUCUAAGCUUUGGUCAUUUGUCUUAAAAUACUUCUCUUUAUCGUAACCUGAUCCCCUUUACUUGCUUAUAUAAAAUGGGGUUGUGACAAUCUACUCAACUCCAUUCUUUUCUGACUUAAGUCCCCACAGGGUGUGCAGCAUUGUGUGAUGCUGUCACACUGAGGUGAAUUUUGAGGCACAAAGCUAAAAGCUAACAUUUUCUGAGUGCCCAGACUGUGGUGUUGGCACCACCCUGCAUGCUUGAGUCAUGCAGAGCUUCUCUGGCUGCCAGUAGAAGCUUUAUGUAAGCAUCAAGCCCCACUACAUUGCAGUUAUGAAAAGCAAUGCAAAAGAAAACUUCUUUUUCAAAACAAGUUUGAGGGAAAGGAAAUAUAUUUUCAUUCUUAAAUUUCUAAAGUGCAGUGAUGCUGCAGAGCCUAACGAGAACAGCUUUGGUACUACCCUUGUGAAUGCCAGGCUAAUCCAGGCAGCUCAGAAGGCAGCGUCUGAACUUUAUCUCAUGUCUUCAAAAUGAAAACAAUAACUGUAGGCAAGAAAAACAAAUGUGAUAUCCCAGUGCCAUGAAAAGAAAGCCAGUUCUAACCAAUACAAACAUUCAGACAUUUCAGUCAAUUAUUCUGUGAUUACUUUUUCAGUUUAGAGGAGACGGCUCUUCAUCAUGUGACCAUUCGUAGCAGGGCAUAAAUGCUGUUCAGAAUUUGCUGUCGUAGGAAAGAACAUCAGUGUGGAAGGACAGGCUGUACUGAAAUGCUACGGCUAAUGAAUUCUUUCCUGCUUUGCAAAAUUAAAAGAUGAACAGUGUGCAAAAGCAAAAAAAAAAAAGCAGCAAUUCCUUUUCCUUCUCUUUCUUCUUUUCUCUCUUUCUAUUUCUUUCUUUGGGAUGCAUCUGAUAUUUAUUUUUCAACCUUGAAUUUGAGAGUUUGGAUUAUUUCCAGCUACCAACCUACUGUAUUUAGAUCAUUACAUCAAAAUUAACGUUUUAAACAAAAGAAUGAUGUACAGGGAGAAAAAAAUCAGAAAGAAAAAGCACUUCAUUAUGUCACAGUAUUGACAGGAGAAAUUUUAAAAAGAACUUCUUUUCUCAGAAAACAUUUGGGGCCUGAUUCUUUUCUAGUAUAACUGAGCACAGCUUCCUGAGGCUGGUGGAGCUGUGAGGAGUUACACUAGCGGAGAAACUGAACCUUAAAAUCUUCUUUGCAGACAAGGGAACCCUUACCAGCAGUACUUGAAGACUUGUGAGUUGUGACUGCAUGUUACUUGAAAGAUCUAAUUAAGCUAUGUUUUUUGGUGCAAGCAGUUGUUGUACAUGAUUUCAUGUUUAUGUAGCAAGAUGCAUUGAAAUGUCGAUACUAGUAUUGAAACAUACAUGUAAAAAUUGUUGUUGUGGAAAUUGUCUGUUCUGUUCUAUUUUUCUUGUGUGUCUCAUCUGUUUAGAACGUAAACUUUCCUUUUUUUUAAUUGUCCUAACUGAAUAAGGCUAAAUGAAUACUGUAAUUGAAAAUAUAUUUUAAAUCUUGUCAUGAGUUUUUAAAAAGACUAUUACAAAUGGUAUCAUUCCUGAUUACACAGAACUUUGU